AUGGCACCUGUUGCAAAUAUUGUUGUUAUUCAAAUAACAGGCAUUGUUCUUAUUAAUGGUUGCCUGGCUAUUCUUGCUUUCGUAUUCGUUGGACUAAUGGUGAAAAUGCAUCCGGCUGAAUUUAAUCCAAUUAAUAAACAACCUUUAUCAAAUGAAAUGCUGCAACCACAACAGAAUCCAAAUAUGGGAUAUUACUAUAAUAAUAAUAAUCCAAAUCCAGGAUAUUACUAUAAUAAUAUUAAUCCAAAUCCUUCUGAUGUUUAUGCCACUCCACAAUAUGCGGGUUAUUUCUAA